AUGUCAUCGACAUCGCCAACGAAACGUCUUCGUAAACAUUCUCAAAAUGAAUUUAUUUCAUUAAUGAUCUCAUCGAAACGCUUACCAUCAUCAUCCUAUAGUCAAAUAACCGAUUUAAACUUAUCAAAUUUACAACUAAUAAAAAUAGAUUCAUUUCCAUUUGAAGCUUUACCAAAACUUGCAUCUCUUGAUUUAUCUUACAAUCAAUUGAUAUCCAUUAAUUCUGAUUGGUCAAAAUCUCAUGAGAAUUUCGUUGAAAAAUUAAAUAUUAGUCAUAAUAAAUUAGAAACAUUGAUAUUUCUUAAAGAUUUUAAACAUAUACAACAUAUAAAUAUAACAGAAAAUUUAUUGGGAAAUAAUGAAAAAUUUCUCUGUUUACAUCUUUGUCCAACGAUUGAACAUGUAAUUGAUUCGAAUUAUGAUACAAUCGAAGAUAAUCAAUUGAAAUUAGAUCAAUGGUUACAAAUCAUCGAAACAAAAAUCGAUCGUCUUUGGUCAAUGUCUUACUAUGAUAAAUAUAAACAAGAAUCAAGUAAUGAUAAAAAUGGUCAUAUUGUUAAAAAAUUGCUCGACGAUUUUCAUCAUGCAAUGAUAAAAAUAUUUGAAAAACAGUCAAAUUUUUCUCAAAUACAUUUAUCGCCAUUAGCAAAUUAUUUAAUUGGAAAUAAAAUCAAUGAACUUUGUUUCUCACUACCAAAAGUGCAAACAAGAAAAACUUUAAAAACACAUUUAACAUCUGAGUUUAAUGAUCUAAUGAAUACAAAACCAAAUUUUGAACCAAUCAAAUUUCUUCGUUGUCAUCAUACAUCGGAUAAUGAUCUAACAUCGAUCUCUGUACGAAUGUCUGCAUUUGAACCGAAUGCAUCAAAUCAUCUGCUAGCAACGUGUGGUGGCCAAAAAAUAUGUUUUAUUGAUUGUGAUACAUCUGAAGUUACGCAUCUCUAUGAAGUAUCAUCAUUACGUUCGACUACGAUGCCAAUAGGACGAAAGAUAAAAGAUAAAAAUGAAAGACCAAAUACGGAAUAUUUCUCAUGUUUAUGUUGGAUAGAAAUUCAAUACGAAAAGGAACCUUUGAAUGUGUUAGCAGUCGGUGCAACUAAUGGACAUAUUUAUCUUUUAUCACAUAAAUGGAAAAUAAUGUUUGGACAUAUUGAAUUACCUAACUCAUCAAUUGCUUGUUUAACUUGGCAUGCAGGUGAUCCGUCGACAUUAGUCAUUGGUUCGUAUCAUAGCGUUCGUUUUCUUAAUAUUCAAUCGUAUAUUGACCGUCUCGGCUCAUUUAUUCGUAAGAAAACUUCAGCAGCUGCACAAUUCGAUUAUAUUGAUUCAACAGCCUUUGUUAAUAAAAUUUCUUCGACACAAGUCUACAAUUUUGAUAAUGGCGAUGAUUCAAUUAUGCAUAUAACAGAUUUAUUUUUCUGUCCAUUAUCAAAACAUAACAUUCCACUUCUAGUUGGCACAAGCUCCGGUCUUUUUGUUAUACAAAAUCAAACACCUAUGCGAUUAACAUUUCCAAAAUCGAUGUGCACAAUUGGUGAAUAUAUUGAAUCGAUUCGUCUGAUCGAUAGUCAAAGUCAUUUGAUUGCAAUAAAUAUUCUUGGUUUUGAUCAAAUCUGUUGUUUCGAUCUUGAACAAACCUUGUCCAAUCAGCAAUUACAUAUCGUUCUUACGUUGCCGAAUCCUUACCGACAAAUAGCAACAAAAAUUGCUGUAUGUUUAACAAAUAAUGAAAAUGAUCAAAUACCAACGAUGUCAUUCGAAUGUAUUAUCGGUAGUGACCAUGGUUCAUUUUAUUGUCAUCAAAGUCGAAUGAAUCAAAUGAACAGAAAAAUCAAGAAGCCACUAUUCGACACUAAACGUUACGAAAUUGUUUGGCCACAAGUUAAAAAUGUUACACCACCUAGUAUUCUAUCAGCUAGUCUCAACGAUAAUUAUUUGUGUUUGACAACAAAUAAUAAUUUGAUAUGUAUAUAUAAACGAAAAUAA